AGACAAACACGGUCGUGUAGGUACACUUUCUCGGUUAAUUUGAUUUCUACAUACCUAUUUGCAGUUCUACAGGCUUGGCUCAGGGUUCGCAGCCCCCAGGAAAAAAAGGUGCUGAACGAGUUGUUCGAGGGGUCCUUCCUGAAGAUCUACACCUUCACGACCCAGAAUCUGACGCUGAUGAUGGAGGUGCUCCAGUGUAACAUCAUCCAGCAGAUGAUCUACCUACUGGAUGGAUUGGUUCCGGUGAUCGAGGAAAACGAGCAGGAAACUGCCAUGUCGACGACAGGAAGUCUCGAUGAUGACAUCGGCGAUGAUGACACACCGAAGGUGAAGGACGAGGCAUGUUCUCCGGAGCACUUGAAUCGUCUGUACGUCUUCGCGUUGGCGUGGGGUAUUGGGGCGUACCUCAACUCGGCGGACCGUCUCCUGCUGGAUACACAUAUCAGAAAGAACUAUCGCAACCUGGAUUUUCCGAACGCCGAAGAGAAACCAGGUGCGACGAUGUUCGAUUACUUUGUGUCACCGACGGGCGGUUGGCAGUUGUGGAAGUCUCUAGUAACGCCCUACGUCUAUCCGGAGUACUCGACUCCGGACUAUUUGAGUAUAUUGAUUCCGAUCGUAGACAACGUUCGGAUCGAUUAUCUGAUCAAUGUGAUCGUGAAGCAGGAAAAAGCCGUGCUGCUGAUCGGAGAGCAGGGCACGGCCAAGACGGUGAUGAUGAAGAGCUUCAUGAAGAAGCUCAACUGCGAAACCCAUAUGGGAAGAUCGUUCAACUUUUCGUCGGCUACUAGUCCGUACCACUUUCAGAAAACGAUCGAGAGCUACGUGGAGAAACGGAUGGGUAAUAUGUUUGGGCCAAAUGGAGGCCGUAAGUUGUUGGUAUUCAUCGACGAUAUAAAUAUGCCCCAGAUCAACGAGUGGGGCGAUCAGAUCACCAAUGAAAUUGUGCGUCAAACUAUGGACAUGAGAGGAUUCUAUAACCUGGAGAAACCGGGCGAAUUUACCAACAUUGUGGACGUGCAGUUUGCGGGUGCCAUGGGUUUGCCCGGAGGCGGUCGUAGUGAUAUACCAGUUCGUUUGAAAAGACAAUUUAGCGUAUUUAACUGCAAUAUUCCUGACAAUACGUCGAUAGAUACGAUCUUCAGAACACUCGGCGAAGGACACUACAAUGUGAAGCGUGGCUUUUCGCUGGAGGUGCGCAAACUUGUCAAGAGACUCGUUCCUUUGACACGCACGCUCUGGCAACGCACGAGAGAACAAUUACUGCCGACGCCUGCAAAAUUCCACUACAUUUUCAGCUUGCGGGAUCUCUCGCGUAUCUGGCAAGGCAUGAUUGGUACACUGUCGACAGUGAUAACCUCGGAAGCGGUCCUGAUACUGCUGUGGAAGAACGAAUGCACCCGAGUGUUUGCAGAUCGAUUUGUGUCAAUGUCGGACACGGAAUGGUUCCUGGAGGAAAUGCUCAAAGUACUGGAAUCCGAUCUAGGGCCGGAGUAUCGGGAGAUGGCAGGAUCGAGUCCGGUGUUUGUAGAUUUUAUGCGGGAUGCUCCCGAACCGACGGGGGAGGAAGGCGAGGAAACCGACAUGGAGUUGCCGAAAGUCUACGAACCGGUAACGGACUUUAGCAUCCUGCGUGAUAGAUUGAAAAUGUUUUUGCUCCAGUUCAAUGAAAUGAUACGCGGAACCGGAAUGGAUCUGGUAUUUUUCCCGGACGCGAUGCUUCAUCUGGUGAAGAUAUCCCGAAUUAUUCGCCAUCCACGAGGCAACGUGAUGCUGGUCGGUGUGGGCGGUUCCGGCAAACAGUCCCUGACGAAGCUUGCAUCCUUUAUCGCCGGCUACAAGACGUUCCAGAUCAGUUUAACGCGCUCCUACAACGUAGCAAACUUCCUUGAAGACUUGAAGCUCUUGUACCGAUCUUGCGGUGUGCAGGGCAAAGGAACGACUUUUCUUUUUACCGACAUGGACGUAAAAGAGGAAAGUUUCCUCGAGUAUCUCAACAAUAUCCUGUCCUCGGGGGUCAUCUCGAACCUUUUCAACCGCGACGAACAGACGGAGAUCGUCUCCGAACUUACCCCAACGAUGAAGCGGGAGAACCAGAAGAAGAACGUGACACAAGAGACAGUAAUGGAAUACUUUCUACAAAGGGUUUGUCACCAUCUUCAUGUGGUAUUUUGCUUCUCACCCGUUGGCGAAACCUUCCGGCGCAGAAUUAUGCGGUUCCCGGCCUUGGUAUCCGGCUGCACUGUGGACUGGUUCCAGCCGUGGCCGAAAGAUGCGUUGGUUGCUGUAGCCCGACAUUUCCUGGCUGACUUCUCGAUAGAAUGUACACCAGAAGUGAAGGAAGAACUGGUGAAUGCACUAGGAACCAUACAAGAUGUCGUGUCGAUCACCUCCACCGAGUACUAUCAACGCUUUCGACGUGCUACACAUGUAACGCCUAAGUCCUACUUGAACUUCAUUGCCGGGUAUAAGAACAUCUAUACCCAAAAGUACAAGGAGUUGUGCGACGGAGCGGAGAAGAUGGACACUGGUCUGGAAAAGCUAGCCGAAGCAUCCGAAUCGGUUGAAAUCCUGAAGUUGGAUCUUGCUGUUAUGGAGAAAGACCUUGUAGAAGCCUCGGCAAAAGCGGAACGAGUGCUGGUCGAAGUAACGGAACGUGCGAUGCAAGCCGAAGUCUUCAAAAAUCAGGUGCAAAUUGUGAAGGAGAAAGCCGAAGCUCUGGUAGAAAAUAUUGCCGCCGAAAAGGGACUUGCUGAGGAGAAACUGGAAGCAGCGAAACCAGCACUGGAGGAAGCAGAAGCUGCCCUCAACACCAUCAAGCCCGCCCACAUUGCGACCGUGCGGAAGCUAGGCCGACCGCCACAUCUCAUCAUGCGAAUUAUGGACUGCGUGCUUAUCAUGUUUCAGCGGAAGCUGCAUCCGGUAAUUGCUGACACCAGCGCGCCUUCUCCGAAACCCUCCUGGCAGGAAUCGUUGAAGAUGAUGGCUAGUACGACAUUCUUGCUGCAGCUACAAAACUAUCCGAAGGAUACGAUCAACGAGGAGAUGAUCGAACACCUGCAGCCCUACUUCCGUAUGGAAGACUACAACAUGGACACAGCCAGAAGAGUGUGUGGCGACGUCGCGGGAUUGCUAUCCUGGACCAAAGCCAUGGCGUUCUUCCAUGGGGUGAACAAAGAAGUGCUGCCGUUGAAGGCCAAUUUGAUGUUGCAGGAAGCUCGGCUGAAGAUUGCCAUGGAUGACCUGGCAGCGGCUGAGAAUCAACUGGCAGAGCGCGAGGCGGCUCUCCAGAAGGUCAAGGAUCAGUACGAUGCCGCAGUGUCGGAGAAACAGCGAUUGACGGAUGCCGCUAACAGUUGCUUGAGAAAGAUGAACGCAGCCACGGCCUUGAUCAAUGGAUUGGGUGGCGAGAAAGCUCGCUGGACGCAGCAGAGCAAAGAGUUCAAGAUCCAGCUUGGCAAAUUGGUGGGUGACGUCCUGCUGGCCACUGGAUUCCUAUCGUAUUGCGGCCCCUACAACCAAGAAUUUCGAGGAUCCUUGUUCAAGACGUGGAUGAACAUCUUGAAAACCCGAGCCAUACCGUAUACGUCAGGACUCAGUAUUAUUGGGAUGUUGACAGAUUCGGCGACGAUUUCAGAGUGGAACCUGCAGGGACUCCCGAACGACGAGCUAUCCAUCCAAAAUGCGCUGAUUGUGACAAAGUCAACUAGCUAUCCAUUGCUGAUGGAUCCCCAAAGCCAAGGAAAGAUUUGGAUAAAGUGCAAGGAAGAUCAAAACGAGCUGCAGAUAACUUCGUUGAAUCACAAAUACUUUAGGACCCAUCUCGAGGAUAGCUUGUCGUUGGGACGGCCGCUGCUCAUUGAAGAUGUAGGAAUCGAACUGGAUCCGGUAAUCGAUAAUGUGUUGGAGAAAAAUUUCAUCAAAUCCGGUUCGAUCGAGAAGGUUCUAGUUGGUGACAAGGAGUGCGACGUGAUGCCCGGUUUUAUGCUGUAUAUCACUACGAAGUUGCCCAAUCCCGCCUUUAGCCCGGAGAUAAGUUCGAAGACCUCGAUCAUUGAUUUUACCGUGACGAUGCGCGGUCUGGAGGAUCAACUGCUUGGUCGAGUGAUACUAAUGGAGAAGGCUGAUUUGGAGUCGGAGCGAGUGCAGUUGUUUGAGAGCGUCAUGCGGAAUCAAAGAAGUAUGAAGGAGCUGGAGGCUAAUUUGUUGUUGCGCCUGACUUCCACCGAAGGAUCCCUGGUGGAUGAUGAGGCGCUGAUCGAGGUGCUGCAGGAGACAAAGACCACCGCAGAAGACGUUAACCAAAAGCUGAAGAUUGCGGAAGUAACCGAAAAGAAGAUCAUGAUCGCUCGGGAAGAGUUCCGUGCUGUUGCUGCCCGAGGAUCUAUAUUGUAUUUCUUGAUUGUUGAAAUGUCCAAUGUUAAUGCUAUGUACCAAAAUUCUUUGAAACAAUUUUUGAUUAUAUUCGAUAACUCUAUUACUAAAUCCACUAAAAGUAACGUUACGGAAGAACGUAUAAACAUAAUACUUAAAUAUCUAACGUAUGAAGUGUGGGCGUUUACAAGCCGUAGUUUGUACGAGAGACACAAGAUGUUGUUUACGCUGAUGUUGGCGAUCAAAAUAGAUUAUCAAAAGGGUACGAUCAGCCACGACGAGUUUAUGGCAUUUGUAAAAGGGGGCGCAUCGCUGGAUUUGAAUGGAGUGGCGCCGAAACCUUUCCGUUGGAUUUUGGACAUCACUUGGUUGAACUUGGUAGAAAUUAGUAAGUUGAAGGUGUUCCAGGGGCUGUUGAAGAAGAUUGAGUACAACGAAAGAGAUUGGCGCGUGUGGUACGAAACUGAACGCCCGGAGAUGGAAGUUAUCCCGUGUGAGUACGAGCACGAGUUGGACGUCUUCCGGAAGCUGCUGUUGAUCAGAUCUUGGAGCCCCGAUCGUACCAUUUCGCAGGCCAAACGCUACAUCGAAAUCUCACUCGGCAAAGAGUACAGUGAGAUGCACAUCCUGGACCUGGAGCUGACCUGGAUGGAAUCGGAACCGCGAACCCCACUCGUUUGCAUCCUCUCGAUUGGUUCCGAUCCGACCGUCCAGAUUGCGGCGCUGGCCAAAUCGAAAGGGAUUCCCUUGAAAACGGUCUCCAUGGGACAAGGUCAAGAAUAUCAUGCAAGAAAAAUGAUGAGCGAUUGCAUGGGCGCAGGUGGUUGGCUGCUGUUGCAGAAUGUACAUUUAUCAUUAACGUUCUGUAACGAAAUCAUAGAUAUACUUAUUGAAACAGAGCACGUGGCGGACUCGUUCCGUCUUUGGGUGACCACCGAAACACACCAGCAAUUUCCUAUCGGAUUACUUCAGAUGGCGAUCAAGUUCACGAACGAGCCGCCUCAAGGAAUCCGUGCCAGCUUGAAGCGUAGCUAUCUCACCUACACCCAGGACUAUCUGGACUACACUUCGGCGCCACAGUGGCCCCCACUUCUCUACACCGUAGCGUUUUUGCACUGCGUCGUUCAAGAGCGGCGCAAAUUUGGACCCUUAGGGUGGAACAUCCCGUACGAAUUCAACGCGGCAGAUUUCUCUGCCAGUGUCCAGUUUAUCCAAAACCACCUGGACGAAAUGGACCCAAAGAAGGGUGUCUCCUGGCAAACUCUUUGCUACAUGCUGGGAGAGGUUAUGUACGGUGGUCGUGUAACGGACGACUUCGACAAGCGUCUCUUGACCACCUUUACCCAGGUUUGGUUCUCAGAACACCUUCUGACCCCAAGUUUCGAGUUCUACAAAGGUUACCGGGUCCCAAAUUCCCGAAACAUUCAAACCUACAUCGAUUACAUCAACCAGCUACCGAUGACGGACACGCCGGAAGUGUUUGGCCUCCAUCCGAACGCGGACAUCACCUACCAGAUCAACACCGCAAAAGGCAUCCUGGACACCAUCCUGAGUGUCCAACCGAAGGAAGGAGGAGGUGGAGGAGGCGAGAGUCGAGAGGCCGUCGUCUGUCAACUGGCGAACGACAUGCUUCGAAAACUACCGCAACAGUACGUGGCCUUCGAGGUCAAGGAAUCGCUGAACCGAAUGGGCGCUCUGCUGCCGAUGAACAUUUUCCUCAGACAGGAAAUCGACCGGAUUCAGCGGGUCAUCAAUACGGUCCAUACGAAUCUGUGCGACCUGAAGCUGGCCAUCGACGGGACGAUCGUGAUGAGCAGCUACCUGAGGCAAUCGCUCAAUGCCAUGUACGAUGCCCGGAUCCCGGAAAAGUGGCAGAAGAUUUCCUGGGAGUCGACCACGCUUGGAUUCUGGUAUACCGAGUUGCUUGAGCGUAAUCAACAAUUUCGUACCUGGAUCAACACGGAUCGGCCCAAGGUGUUUUGGAUGACCGGAUUCUUCAACCCACAAGGUUUUCUGACGGCCAUGCGGCAGGUGAGUACUUUUGUAAAUUUAAUUUUCUAAUAAAAAUUUGAAAUA